CAGAAAAAAAAGUGCCGAUUUCCAGGUUAGAGCAAGGAAAAGAGUGCUGUGGAUGCAGUUCUGCAGAUGUGUCUCAGGUUUAUUGGGACCAGGAAAUACUGGACAGAAAUAUUACAUCCACUUUCACCAUUACUGGUGGAUGAAAGUUACGUGCUGUGCAGAGUAACGGGAGUGGGGCCGGCUCUGUGGUGCAGCGGUAAGCCCCUCUCAGAGAAGCUGGAUCUCACAUACAUGGCCGCCAUCGUUUGAUGCCCUAGCCGGGUAGCCUGAAACCCACCAGGCAUGGAUCCAACUGGUUCCCGGGCUGGAGGAAGGUGAUGCCUGACCAGUCCCUGUAAAGGUGCAACGCUAUACUGCAAGUCAAUCAAUACAAUAACUUGUCACUUCAACUGUAAUGGAAAAAUAUGAAAAAUUAGCUAAGAUUGGAGAAGGGUCUUAUGGGAUUGUGUUCAAAUGCAGAAACAAAACCUCUGGACAAGUAGUAGCUAUUAAAAAAUUUGUGGAAUCUGAAGAUGACCCUGUUGUUAAGAAAAUAGCACUGAGAGAAAUACGUAUGUUGAAGCAAUUAAAGCAUCCGAACCUUGUGAACCUCAUUGAGGUGUUCAGAAGAAAAAGGAAAAUGCAUUUAGUUUUUGAAUACUGUGAUCAUACACUUUUAAACGAAUUGGAAAGAAACCCAAAUGGAGUUGCUGAUGGAGUGAUCAAAAGUGUAUUAUGGCAAACACUUCAGGCUCUUAAUUUCUGUCAUAAACAUAACUGUAUUCACAGAGAUGUAAAACCUGAAAAUAUUCUGAUAACAAAGCAAGGAAUAACCAAGAUCUGUGACUUCGGGUUUGCACGGAUUAUGAUUCCAGGAGAUGCCUACACGGAUUAUGUUGCUACAAGAUGGUACCGAGCUCCUGAACUUCUUGUGGGAGAUACUCAGUACGGCUCUUCAGUCGACAUAUGGGCGAUCGGCUGUGUUUUCGCAGAGCUCCUCACAGGGCAGCCACUCUGGCCUGGAAAGUCAGAUGUGGACCAGCUUUAUCUGAUAAUCAGAACACUGGGAAAACUAAUCCCAAGACAUCAAUCUAUCUUUAAAAGUAACCAGUUUUUCCAUGGCAUCAGUAUACCUGAACCAGAAGAUAUGGAAACUCUUGAGGAAAAGUUCUCAGGUGCUCAUUCCAUGGCUUUGAAUUUCAUGAAGGGGUGUCUGAAGAUGAAUCCAGAUGACAGACUAACCUGUGCCCAACUCCUGGAGAGUGCCUACUUUGAUUCUUUUCGAGAGGACCAAGUUAAAAGAAAACCACGGAGCGAGGGAAGAAACAGAAGACGUCAGCAGAAUCAACUGUUGCCUCUCAUACCAGGAAGCCACAUCUCCCCCACACCUGAUGGAAGAAAACAAGUCCUCCCGUUAAAAUUUGAUCAUCUUCCAAACAUUUAGGAAAAUGUUCUUUCAAGUGCAAAGUAAUUUAAUAUGUACACAUUUUUGUACAAGCAAGAUAGGAAUUCUCAGUGUUUCAAAUGCAAAUGAGCCAUAUGAAAAUUAAGAUGCCUUCUAGAAUUGUUUUGCUCUGAUCUUUGCUGAUUCCUUUCCUCGUGCUUUUUACAUGCCAACUUUAUCUUUUAGAACAUUUUCUUUAAAUGUUAUAAAGCCUGAAACUGCACAUAUGGAGGAGACAUUUUCAAUUUCAUCAGAGCAGCCCCUUCUUGAGGCAAUUUAUAUUGAGAAUUUUGUGGGCUUAUACUUCGAUUUAUGAAAAAGAUUUACAUAUUUCAUCUUGCUUCAGCUGACCGCAUAAUAUCUUAAAGCAACAUCAAAUAGCCUGCCUCACUGGUGUUUGUGUAAGGAAUGACAUUAUGUUCCUGCAUUUUAAUUCGCUCUUAUUUUAACCAGGUCUGUUGAGUAAUGCCAGCAUUUUAUUCUGUGUUUUUAUAUGGGUGUAGGGAGGGAACAUUGAAAGGUCAUUUAGGUUUAUCCCUUGACUGCAAGGCAGACUCUAUUUUUUCUGUCUCAUGAGAUGUUGACAAUUCUUUUUUUAAACCUAGCUAGAGAAAAUUCCAUACAAAUAGUGGACAGACAACAAGAAAUCACCAUCCUCAAGACAGUAAGGCCCUUGGAUAUAACUGACUGCUGACUGUAAUGAUCUCCUUGGGUACAUGAUGGUUCCUCAUCCUUUUGUCUUCCUGGCUAAAUCUCAGUUCCUCAACCCAUCUGCCUAGCUGUGUUGUCUAGAUAGUUCAUUGCCAAUGCUUUCUUCCAAAUAUUCGCAUCCAUAAUCUCUAUGAAUUUGUGCAUUCCCACACUAGUGAUGGUGUCAUGGUCAAGUUGAAUUUGUAAAUGCUUCAUAAGAGCAAGAAAAUUAUCUUUCAGUUAAUUUCAUUGUGUGUCUCUUACAAGAAAAAAGAAAGAAAGAAAGAAAG